GGUGACGUCGAUCAGCGCGUCGAGCGUAACUUUGUUGUUCAAGUGACAUCACUGGAGAAGAAGGCUGCGAGGGAACUCUUAAUUGCCAGUCGCUAUCUGAGAGCUCCAGAGCCUGGCCUGUUACCAUGUUUCAUGGGAUCCCAGCGACUGCAGGCAUGGGGGGAGCCCCAGUUAAUAAACCAGAACUGUAUGAGGAGGUCAAAUUAUAUAAAAAUGCCAGGGAGCGUGAAAAGUAUGACAACAUGGCGGAGCUGUUUGCUGUAGUAAAGACUCUUCAGGCCUUAGAGAAAGCUUACAUCAAGGACUGUGUGACCCCGAAUGAGUACACGGCUGCCUGCUGCAGACUGCUGGUUCAGUACAAGGCUGCAUUCAAGCAGGUGCAGGGGUCCGAUGUGGGCUCCAUUGAUGAUUUCUGCAGGAAGUACAGGCUGGACUGUCCACUAGCUAUGGAGAGGAUUAAAGAGGACAGGCCAAUCACCAUUAAAGAUGACAAGGGCAACCUGAACCGCUGCAUUGCAGAUAUCGUUUCACUUUUUAUCACAGUGAUGGAUAAGCUGCGGCUGGAGAUCCGAGCCAUGGACGAGAUCCAGCCAGACCUGAGGGAACUGAUGGAGACCAUGAACAGAAUGAGUAGCAUGCCCCCUGAUUCUGAGGCGAAAAAUAAAGUCAGUCUCUGGCUGAUGACUCUCAGCGGGAUGUCGGCCUCCGAUGAACUGGAUGACUCCCAGGUCCGUCAGAUGCUGUUUGACUUGGAGUCUGCGUACAAUGCCUUCAGUCGUUUCCUGCAUCAUUCCUAAAUUUUCACCUCCCCCCCGGAAUUCCCUGAGGUUGACUCUGAAUUGAAUCUGUUCAGUCUUGAACAAAGAAGACUACGUGGCGACCUAAUUCAAGCAUUCAAAAUUCUAAA